GAUAGUUUUCAAACGGUGGUCAGGAGUUCUGAAAUUUGUAACCGUAAUUGUUUUUGAGAAUUUUGUCAACUUUAUCUAAUAUUAUUUUCGGAAUCUGACCGGAUAGUGAAUAGUGAUACAUAUAAUGUUAGUUUGUUUAAAAUUUUCGGAAAAUUCGAGGUGAAUUUGAAGUAAAUACAUACAUACCCGCUCCCCAUACACACUUCUUGUGCAGUGAAUUUGCAGGUUAACUCCUUUCGUGUGCAUUUAAGUAGAAUAUUACUCCCUUUAUCGGAGGUGAUAAAACACCCUCUAUUCCAAUUAAAUAUUCAAACUUCACCACGUAUAAACCGCGCUUACAUUCCUUCUAUAAAAAAUGGAUUCGGAACGAGAACACGACAAUAAUUUGAAUAAUUACAACUCUCCACAACAUCAGCAAUCCUACCACCGAACAAUCUAUCACGAUGAAUACGUGACACAUUCAAUGCAAACUUACCCCACAUCCGUGACAUCAGGCAGUGCAUCACCCCUCCAAAACCAUUCCUCGCCACAAAUGCAUCACCACCAUCAGAUUUCUGGACUUGCCGCGCCUCAUCCAAUGAUUCCACCACCGAGUCCUGGAGCAGGUGGUGGAGGAAGCGGGGGCAGUGGAAAUUCAACAAGUAGCAAUCAAGUUUUGCCACAAAGCCCAAUGUUAUCGUCACCACUUAUGACCUCGCACUCUCCGCUUCUAAACUCAAACUCACCUCUCCUGAAUUCAAACUCACCCCUCAUGGCUGACUACUCGCCCUAUUCGAGCAUAAUACCAACCACGAUACUCCCACAGGACGGAUCCGCUGCAACUGUGGGGUGGGGAUUCAGUUUAGCCGGGGGUGGAUAUCAAAGUGAAUUUUGCCCCACAAAUUAUAGUGUUUUGCAAAGACAAAAUUUUGGACCUGGUGGUAAAAUUGGUGCUGGCGCGAAUGCGUUGAAAAGUGCAAAGGAAACAAGGAUACGACGACCUAUGAAUGCAUUUAUGGUGUGGGCGAAAGUGGAGAGGAAAAAGCUUGCAGAUGAAAAUCCUGAUUUGCAUAAUGCAGAUUUGAGUAAGAUGUUAGGGAAAAAAUGGAGAUCGCUGACGCCACAAGAUCGACGGCCAUUCGUGGAAGAAGCGGAACGAUUAAGGGUGAUUCAUAUGACAGAGCAUCCUAACUACAAGUACAGGCCGCGAAGGCGGAAACACACCAAGGCAAGAUCAUUACAAAACGGACAGCAAGGAUCCUCGCAACAGCAAUCACAAUCUCAAAACUCACAGCAACAUCAACAACAGUCUACUCCUAAUACUCAACAAACCUCAGAAUUGCCGUACGAGGGAGAUGGUUCCAAUAGAAUAAGCCCAUAUGCCUACAGUGCCUACUAUGGAUCUAAUAACUCGAUGCAUACCCCCGAAUCCAGCCCCACCCAGUCUCCGGAGCCAAACAGCAGAAAGUGCAAUGAAGUGAAUUCAGCCCUGCAGGAUGUACCAGCGCUGCCAACACCCGAAAUGAGUCCUAUGGAACUGGAGAAGGAUAAUUAUAACAUGUCCUCCGAGAAGAAGAAGUUGGGAUACACGGUGGAUUAUAGUCAUAUAAAAAGUGAGAAACUCCCACCCAGUUAUAACUCGACCUACAAACACGAGAAUGAUGCAAUAAAGCGAGAAUAUUCCAACGCAGGGAGCUAUGACAUGAACACAGAAAAGAGGUAUUCAUACGAAGGAAAUGGUUGCGCAGAUAAACGGUCUUACUUGAAUGCUUCCACUUGCCCGUCCACAACUAUAGUAGCCGGAAAAGGAAUGUACGUGACCUGUUCCAGUCGCGGUAUUUUAGAUCAAGGACAUAUUGUCCGAGGAACAUACUACCCACCGCUGCCAACUCCACAGGAUCAUCAAAAUCUGGGUACCCUGCCCAUAGCAUCCUCUUCUUCAUCAAUAAUUUCGAGCAUGCCCAAUAUGACAUACUCACAUCAAAGUGGAACUGCUUCUAACUCAUCUAGUUCAAAUGGGCCACUGAGCAAGGAGGCCAAUGCAAAUGGCACUGCCCAUGGUAAUGAAAUAUCAAUGGAGAACUACUAUGGUGUAACCACGGUAUCUGCUCCGGUCGCAACUUACCCAUAUCAAUAUAAGGAAUACAGCAACUACCAACCUCACAUAAUGACCCCAUCGAUGUCCGUUGAGGAAGUAGUAGACACGCGAGAAUUAGACAAAUACCUUAAAUAUCCUGACAACAAUCACAAUUUCAAUGACUAUGAAUAUCACACGAACCACAUGUAUCAUCACCAAGCCCAGAUUAUGACCUCAGCAAACGCGAGUUCAGCACUGCAUCUUCCUCCCUCCCACCAUCAUCCCCAUCAGGAAUACUAUCAGCACUAUCAUCAGUCAAAUUCAACCCUUCCACCAGGAAAUAUCCCCAGCAGUCAGUCCACGAUUGCCAAAAUGGAUGCCAUGAUUGGAGCUCCACUUGGAGCUGGAUAUCCUACCAUGAUCGGGUAUGACUCGGAAUCCAUGAAGGACGAUGAAAUUAGCAAUAUCCUAGCUGGGGUGCGAAAGACAUGUUUCAGCAAUUGAGGCGAUGCAAAAUUGUUGUAAAUUAUUAUGUGAUGUCGCCAGUGAUGUGAUUUUCCAGCACCAGCCUCUCAGCCUUUAGAGAACAAAGGGUAGACAAUCAGAGGUACCACUGGCCGCAUGCGUCCCUACUUACCAAUUUCCGAAGUACGGGUAUUUGGAGUGUCGAUAAUCGCCCAACCGUAGGAAGUUUCGGUUUAAGUAUUUAAAUUCAUUGUUGUGAUGAUAUCAUUGGUAAUUUUUAGGGUUUUGUAGAGAGCCGAGCUCUCGAAUUUCUGAUGUGUUUUAUUGAAUCAUUUCUCUGUUUAAUGUAAGAAAUAAAUUUGGUCUCACCUUCAAUAAUGACCAAAUUUCAGCAGUUAGGAACAAUCUCUGAAUGUAUUUCUGUUCCAUAAAUAUUGGGACUGUAGUUUUUGUAGAUAAAAGUCCAAAUCACCACUUGUUAGUUAAGCAAAAAAUAAGAAAAAAAAAUUUAAAAAAUCAAAAGCUUUAAGUCUCGUUUUGAAGAUACAAAGCGCUAUCUUUCGCUUAAGAUAGAUAAAUGUGAAGCAAAUUUAAAUUUUUCAUUAGAUUUAUCUAGAAAAUAUUAGUAUUGUAUAGACCUUAAAAAAAUCCUUUUCGAGCCUUUUAGAUGGCCUAACCCACAAAAAUUUCCCAUCACGUUCCAAUAUUUUAGCGUAGAAAUAAUAAAAAUAGACAAACCCCUUAGAUAGCGUAAGUUGUAAUUCAAUUAUGAUUGCAGUGAAUUUUAGCUUACAAAGUAACUUAAUAAAUACGUUGUGUGAUUUUGUUUUACUUAACAAACAAAGUUGGAUAAGUUCAUGUGUGCUGAUGUUCAUAAUUUGUAAAAUAAUGUAGCAAUAUAGGUUUUAAGCAAAACUUGAAAGCUUGAAAAAAAAAUUGAGAAUAAAAUCAU